UGGAACUGGGGCUUGCUGGUCAGCUCCGCCCCCCCCCAGCGCAGCCCGCGUCCCGGAAGUUAAACCUCGCGCGUGCUCACGAGUAUCGGAAGUAGGGUUCUCGGGCCUUAGCGACUGUUGUCAGGGGAGAGUGGGGUCCCUCCCUGCUCCCAGCCUGGCGCUUGGCUGCUGCGAUGGCGGCGCUGACGGACAAGUCGCUGCUCUCGGCCGAGCUGGAGGAGGACAGGGACGGGGACGAGGACGAAGAGUUCCAGCGGCUGCUGCUGCAGGCAACGCAGAAGAUACAGAGCACAAUGCCUUCAGCUCCAGACUCCAAACCUAUCCGGCCUCAGCCAGGCUUCUGCAUUAAGACCCAUGCCAGUCCCACUGAAAAAGUCUUUGUGAACGUGUGCCGGUCUCCGCACAUCCCACCACCUCCCGACCUAACUCCCCAGGAGCUGGAGUGUCUGAUUGAGUCUGACAGUGCCUCGGCCUUCCGCAUCCCCAUGAGCCUGGGGGAGCCCCAUGCCGAGCUGGACAAGAGUGGGAAUGGGUGCACUGCCUAUGAUGUGGUCAUCAACACAGGCUUCUUCAAUAAGCUGGAGGCCAACCUACUGUUCAAGGAGUUCUUCAUCACUGUUGCCUUGGAAGGGCUUGCAGAGAAAUACAGCACCAACAUAAACCACCCAGAAUGGCUAGUGCUGAAGAACCGCAAAUUCAUGGGCUCGAUCUCGGAGCAGACCAUCCGCACCAAGUCCCGGCCUGUCAUCCAGGAGAUGGACCUUGACAAAGCUGGUGAGACCCAAGAGACCCCCAUGGAGCUGUCCCAUGCCCAGAGCUUCUCCGUGGUCCCCAAGUUCACCAUCCGGGCUGAGCCACCAGGAGGGCGCCCUAACUUCCUGCAUGCCGAGAUCCACCUGCCCCAAGUGGCCUCGGCACUGGAGCUGUCCCUGGAGCUGGGGGAGGACCGGAUCGUGCUGGAGGGUGGGCAGGUGCCCUACCUCCUUGAUAUCUACAUCUCCCACCACAUCAAGCCCGAGAGGAGCCGUGCCCAGUUCCACAGGGGCACCAAGGUCUUGACUGUGACAAUGCCGAUCCAGCUUGUGCCAGGGGCCCCUAUGCUGCUCCCCUGAAGAUCCCCCACUUCCUGUUGGACAGGAGUCAGGAUUUCACCCCCCCUAGGCAAGGGAGGCAUCUGCCCCAACCUGAGGAAGGUGCCAGCAUGGGCAGCUGGGGUGGCACUCCCCCCCCCCCCCCCCCCCC